AUGGUCCCCGACGCGCCCCCGCCCCACCGCCUCAUCUCCUCCCAACCCAUCACCACCUCGGCCGCUUCCACCCUGCUGCAGACCUACAUUGCCAACUCGGAAGCCCACCCGCACCUCCACCCCGACGCCCUCAUCACACCGACCGGCGUGACCUUCUCUUCGCACGGCGGCCCCACGGGCGGCGUCGUCAUGCACAACCUGCGCCGCGUCGCUGCCGGCCUGCGCGGCGAGUACCUGGAGCCCGAAGCCACGCCCGAACCCGAGGAAGAAGAAGCCAACGGUGCUCGUGCCAAGUACAGCAACAAGGGAAAGGGGAAGAGGACGACAUUUGCCAACGCCGACGCCGACGCCGACGCAGACGCCGACGCAGCCGGUGUGCACAUCGAGUGGCAGGACAAGGACGUGUACGAGCGCGAGCAAGGCGAGUUGGACAUGGGCGAUCUGGGCGACAGGACCAAUGUCGUGGCCGAGGGGGGCGACGUGCCCGACGUCGAGGUCACGGGCGAGAAGCGCAAGGGUGCGGAUGCCAAGCUGGACAAGGACGCCCGCAAAAAGGCCAAGAAGGAGCGGGAUGCGCUGAGGAAGAAGGAGAACGAGAAGAAGAGGGCCGAGAAGGCAUAG